AUGGAUCCGGAAAGCAUAGCCUUCCAGCCUCGCGACGACUUCUGGCGCGUUCAGACCGAGAUGCUGCGAGUACAACAGAAUCAAGCCGAGCUUUCUGAUCGUGUCGCUCGCUUGGAGAGAAAACAAGACGAAGACGCCCGCCUGAAGAACGUUUGGGGAACAUCUUCCCCGUUCCCCUCCGUACUGGGUGGUACCCCGCAGCAGGUUCCUCUACAGCAGCCCACGGCCGAGCACUUCUCCGACUUUGACGAUGACCAGUCAAGCAACCUCAUUGGUAAUCUCCAGCUCGACGCCGACGAUGAGCCUCGGCGCGUGGGAACGACAUCACGUGCCAACAGCGUCCGCUUCGAUGAGACAGCAAACCACGGUCACUGGGCACAUGCUUCACGAUCAUCACUGGAUCUCCUUCCCCGUUCCGGUAGCAGUCUCGGUGGACAUGCCCUAAGUGAACGCAGCUACUCUCACAAAUCAGACGGCAGGCAGAGCUCAACGGGUCAGUCUGUUCUUUCCGUGACGUCUGGGAGGGCCAACAGCCUCACAAGUUAUGGUCCCACGACACCAGUAGAAGCUCCAGGGCUGGCACCUGGUCUGUUCAUACUUGGCUCUGUGCCUUCCAUAAUACGUUGCUGGCUCAACACUAAUUUCAAGCACGAUACCCUGCUGUAUGCAGCAGUCUGCACCGGCUCGCAUACCUCUUUCUUAGAUUUGCAUCUCAUCGAGCACCUUGGAUUCCAGGACCAGACCACACGGGACGAUGAAGGCAUCAGGAAGAUCAGAUUGACUGUCUAUCUACCAGAAGCUGUGCCAGUCUCGGUGUCCGUUCAGUCCGACCGUCCUGCACCUCAUCUUCCCUCCGUCACUGUUGACUUCACUGUAAUCGAUGACUACGACAGAUCCAGAUCCAGGUCCAGAUCCAGAUCGAAGGCUAUUCAGGUUCUCAUCGGUAGCGAUCUCCUCCGAACGCACAACGCAGACGUACUUUUCUCGUCGAAUCAUUUGAUGAUUUACGAUGACGAUCGUAACAAGCUCCAGGUUCCUCUUGUGCGGCCUGAGGACGAAAAAGCAUUCAAGUUCCUGUUUACUUGGCAUGAAGACAACGCUACCGCCAGAUUGAGUGUUAUUUCGAAGAGUGCAGUCGUCGGCCUAUCAGCACCAGCCGAGUCCAAAGUCAAGUUCUUGGAAUCGGGACAAGGAGAGAAUAGUGGUCCACUCAGGACUCAGGACACUGAGACGACGGCAAGUUCUGACGAUGGCGGUUCGAGCGGCCGUUUGAGCCUCGAGCAGCGACCGUAUUCUUCAACGUCUCUGGACCGUCCCGAUUCUAAAGGUCCGCAACUGACCAGCUCCGCUCCUGCGAAUCCGCGCUCAGGGCCACCGCCAGCUAUGCUCAACAGUUGGAGGCGUGACACGAGUGAGAAAGCAAGCAGCGGCUCGCUGGAUUGGGCAAACGUGGGUAAAACUACUACGACCGCUUCUGGCGAGCAGCGUCGUGAGAUCAAGGUGUUGAGACCUGCAAGGUCAUCUUCGCGCACCUUCUCGGCUUCGACCUCGGCGUCUGCCACGGGUCAGUCACGCUUCUUCGAUGACGGCAAGAGGAAGGAGGAGGCUGAGUCGAGUACGAAUCCGCCUGCACCGUCGCUGAGCCGCAACGUGUCUCGCGAGAAGGACGAGAAUCGCGCGGCUGCGAGCAAACAACGGUCUACUAAUCCAGUGGGUGGUGCGUCUGCGUUUGCGUGGCUCAAGAGCGGAUCGAAAUGA